AUGUCCAACCCGAAAGUUUUCUUCGACGUAGCGGCCAAUGGCAGCCCCAUCGGCCGCAUCGUGAUGGAGCUGCGCGCUGAUGUGGUUCCAAAGACUGCGGAGAACUUCCGCGCCCUGUGCACCGGCGAGAAGGGCUUCGGUUACAAAGGCAGCACCUUCCACCGCGUCAUCCAAGAUUUCAUGUGCCAGGGCGGCGACUUCACAAACCAUAACGGAACCGGAGGAAAGUCCAUCUACGGCAGCAAGUUUGAGGACGAGAACUUCACCCUGAAGCACACUGGUCCUGGGAUCCUGUCCAUGGCCAACGCCGGCCCUGCGACUAAUGGCUCCCAGUUCUUCAUCUGCACAGUCAAGACCCCCUGGCUGGAUGGGAAGCACGUGGUGUUCGGCUCUGUGGUGGAGGGCAUUGACGUUGUCAAGAAGAUGGAAGGGUUUGGUUCUUCUUCUGGAAAAACCUCGCAGAAGCUCACUAUUGCAGACUGCGGUCAGCUCUGA